AUGCAAACCAUUGUGCUGUUGGUGUUGUGGGUACUGGGAACAUCAGUGGUGUUGCCCAACCCUGACCCAGCUGGAGACAGGGUGACUGAAGAGCCUAUCCCAUGCUCCAAGGGCUGCACCUGUCUGCACGAUGACUACACCUUGGAGCUCAACAUGUACUGCAGCGCUCGAAACUUUACCCAAGUCCCGCCCGACAUGCCGACGUCCACUCAUUCUCUAUGGCUAGAUGGAAAUUUAUUUACCACACUCCAAGCAACUUCCUUUAAGGAUCUAACCAACCUGGAUUUUCUGAACCUGCAAAGUGGCCAACUGGUGACGAUCGACCCCCAAGCUUUCAAAGGACUCAGGUCGUUGGCUCACAUUCACCUUGAGCGAAAUCGCCUCCGGGCGUUACCAGGUACAGUUUUCCAGAAUACACCCAACCUUGCCUCGCUAAGUCUGCACAACAACCAGCUCACUCGUAUUGAGGACAGACUGUUUGCUGGACUCUCACACAUGUGGCUUUUAAACUUAGGGUGGAACUCAAUAGCAGUCUUACCUGAAACAGCUUUCCAUGAUCUGCAUGGUCUACGAGAGCUUGUUCUUGCAGGGAACAGACUUCCUUACUUGCAGCCACAACUUUUCCAAAACCUUGUUGAGCUUAAAGAGUUAGAUCUAACUGGGAAUUUCCUCAAGGUGAUCAAAGCUAAUGUGUUUGUUAAACUCACUAAAUUGCAAAAGCUUUACCUAGCCCAGAAUCAGAUUGUAACAGUGGUGCCUAGAGCUUUUGCAGGCAUGAAGUCACUCAGAUGGCUAGAUCUCACAAAUAACAAACUGACUUCUCUUCAUGAAGACACUUUCUUUGGUCUGCACAGUCUUCAUGUGCUUCGUCUUUCUAACAACUCCAUCAAUGGAAUUAGGCCACGGACUUUCCGUGAUCUCCAGUAUCUAGAAGAGCUACGACUCAGUUACAACAAGAUACGAGCUUUGGGGGAGAGAAUCUUUGAAGGCCUUGGUCACUUGGAAGUCCUAGAACUAGAACACAACCAAGUCCAGGAGGCGCAAAUGGGCAGUUUCACAGGCCUCUCUCAUGUGGCUGUUAUCAACCUGUCUGGAAGCUGCUUCCAGAGUCUCCCAGACCAAGUUUUCAGAGGUCUGUCAAAGCUUCAUAGCCUUCAUCUGGAUAGAGGCUGUCUGACAAGGAUCACGUCUCAGGCCUUCACUGGACUGUCCAGUCUACGGCGGCUCUUUUUGCAGCACAACAACAUCUCCACAGUGGAGCGCCACAGUUUUGCAGACCUGGUCGGCCUUUUGGGACUAGACUUGAGUUUUAAUAAGCUGGAGGCACUUACAGCACCCUCAUUCACUGGCCUCAGGAAUUUGGAGUACUUGCUUCUCUCCAACAAUGAGUGUCGACAGUUCAUGCAAAAUGGCACAAAGCAGCUACUCCCAAAGCUGCGCUAUCUAGACCUCAGAGCAAACACCCUGACAAACUUGGUCCCUGAUUUUCCAGCAAAUAUGGAGAAACUUUUGCUCUCUGGCAAUCGGUGGAAAUGUGACUGCAGCGCCCUCCCUCUCAGAAACUACAGUUUGAGGCAUCCAAUGGUGAUUCCUCGGCGAGUUGAGACCCAUGCAGAGGGUGAGGAGCCUGACACUACCAUCACCAUAUAUAACAACAUUACAUGCACCACCCCACCACGUCUGGCUGGUCAGGACCUACGAGACAUUGACAGUGAACUCUUCCGAAGCUGCUAA